AUGGCCGGACCUAGCGGAGGCGCCGAGGCGCACGCGCGGUGGAGGAAGUACGACUACGGCGACAACUCCGACCUCGUGCUCGGCCUCGGCUCGCGCCCCCGCGGCGGCGAGGGCGAGCCCACCGGCGAGCUCGAGACGCUCCGGGGCAGGAUCGACCCCGGGAGCUUCGGCGACCGGGCCGUCCAGGCCAAGCCCCCCGGCGGCAACUCGCGCAGGAGGAAGCCGCGCGACUCCGCGGACAUCGACGACGUCCGCCCCGCCGACGCCAAGCGCAGGCGCCGCGCCGCGCAGCGCGAGGCCAGCGUGCUCUCGCUCACCGGCGACGUCGUCUACAAGCCCCGGACCAAGGAGACGCGAGCCGCCUACGAGGCCCUCCUCAGCGUCAUCCAGCAGCGGCUCGGCGGGCAACCGCUUGACGUGCUCGCCAGCGCUGCGGACGAGGUGCUUGCGGUCCUCAGUAACGACAAGAUCAAGAGCCGUGACAAGAAGGAGGAGAUCGAUAAGCUCCUCGAUCCUAUCUCCAACCAGAUGUUUCAUCAGCUCAUUUCCAUCGGGAAACUCAUCACAGAUUUUCAUGAUACCGCUGCUGCUGGUGAUUCAGCUCAUCCACUGGAUGAAGAUAUCGGCGUCUCUGUUGAUUUUGAAGAUAAUGAAGACGACGAGGAAAGCGAUUAUGAUCAGGUACAAGAUUUUGAUGAAGAUGACUAUGAUGACAUGUCUAAAUUGUAUAGUGCCAGUGCUAUGCAAAUGGAUGGUGAGCUAGAUGAUGAUGAUGAUAAGCAGAACUCCAAUGAGGGGCUGACCAUAGACGUACACGACAUUGACGCCUACUGGCUUCAGAGGAAGGUAUCGCAGACAUACACAUAUAUUGAUUCACAGCGUAGCCGGGAGCUUGCUGAGCAGAUAUUGAGUAUAAUUUCUGAGGGUGAUGAUCAAGAUGUUGAGAGUCGGCUGCUCAUGCUGUUGGACUGUGAAAAGUUUGAUUUCAUUAAAUUGCUGCUACUCAACCGACUCAAGAUAGUCUGGUGUACCCGUUUGGCAAGAGCUGAAGAUCAGGAACAGCGGGAGAAGAUAGAAGAAGAUAUGCUGAGUAACCCAACAUUAACUCCAAUAUUGGAGCAGUUACAUGCAACGAGGGUGUCUGCAAAAGAUAGGCUGAAGAACAUGGAGAGAAGUUUCAGGGAUGAGGCCCAGAGGCUGACAGGAAACGGAAAUGCUAGUAGCAUUGACGGUCCGAAAGAUCACCAGGCUGUUGAGUGGGAUAUGGAAAGUGAAUGGUUGAAAGGCCAGAGACAGCUGCUUGAUCUUGAGAGCCUAUCGUUCCACCAAGGUGGUCUCUUGAUGGCUAACGAAAAAUGUGAACUUCCACCUGGAUCAUUUAGAACCCCUCAUGAGGGGUAUGAGGAAGUCCAUGUGCCAGCGCCGAAAGCUAAGCCAUACAAAGCUGGAGAGAAGAUUGUCAAGAUAUCUGAUAUGCCAGAGUGGGCUCAACCAGCUUUUGCUGGGAUGACACAGCUGAAUAGGGUUCAGAGCAAGGUUUAUGAUACUGCCCUUUUCAAACCGAAUAAUAUUCUUCUCUGUGCUCCAACAGGUUCUGGGAAAACCAAUGUGGCUGUGCUUACGAUCCUUCAGCAGAUUGGCUUGCACAUGAAGGAUGGAGAGUUUGACAAUACCAAGUACAAAAUUGUUUAUGUAGCCCCAAUGAAAGCUUUGGUUGCUGAAGUUGUUGGAAAUUUGUCAACACGGCUGAAGGAGUACAAUGUCACUGUAAGGGAGCUCAGUGGAGACCGGAACUUAACCAAACAACAGAUUGAUGAAACACAGAUUAUUGUCACCACACCUGAGAAAUGGGAUAUUGUAACAAGAAAAUCAGGUGAAAGAAUCUAUACUCAAACGGUAAAGCUUCUAAUUAUUGACGAGAUCCAUCUACUUCAUGACAACAGAGGGCCCGUUCUGGAGAGCAUUGUUUCUCGAACCAUGAGGCAAAUUGAGACGACCAAGGAACAUGUCCGUCUAGUUGGCCUUUCAGCAACUCUUCCGAACUAUGAAGAUGUUGCGGUUUUCUUGCAUGUUCGCUCUGGUGGCCUCUUCCAUUUUGAUAACAGCUAUCGACCUUGCCCUCUUGCUCAGCAAUACAUUGGGAUCACUGUGAGGAAGCCACUUCAGAGGUUUCAGUUGAUGAAUCGGAUUUGCUAUGAGAAGGUUAUGGCUGCGGCUGGAAAGCAUCAAGUGAUUAUAUUUGUGCACUCGAGGAAGGAGACAGCAAAAACUGCUCGUGCCAUCAGAGAUACCGCAUUUGCUAAUGGAACAUUGACCCGCUUUCUGAAGGAUGAGAGUGCAAGCCAAGAUAUUCUUGGUGUUCAGGCAGAUCUUGUAAAAAGCAGUGAUCUUAAAGAUCUUUUGCCAUAUGGGUUUGGUAUUCAUCAUGCUGGGUUGGCAAGGGCAGACCGAGAGCUCAUUGAGGGGCUCUUUGCUAAUAAGCAUUUACAGGUCCUUGUUUCGACAGCCACCCUUGCAUGGGGUGUCAAUCUGCCUGCACACACUGUAAUUAUAAAAGGUACCCAGAUCUACAAUCCGGAAAAAGGUGCUUGGACAGAAUUGAGUCCUCUGGAUGUCAUGCAAAUGCUUGGUCGGGCAGGCAGGCCUCAGUAUGAUACACAUGGACAAGGAAUAAUCCUAACCGGCCACAGUGAAUUGAAGUACUACCUGUCUCUAAUGAAUCAACAAUUGCCUAUUGAGAGCCAGUUCAUAUCCAGAUUGGCCGAUCAAUUAAAUGCGGAGAUCGUUCUGGGGACUAUUCAGAAUGUUCAGGAGGCAUGCUCAUGGCUUGGCUACACCUACCUCUACAUCCGUAUGCUCCGGAAUCCAACAUUGUAUGGUUUACCAGCAGAUGUUAUGGAGACAGACAAAGCUCUAUAUGAAAGGAGAGUUGACUUGGUACACUCUGCUGCAAAUCUACUGGAUAGGAACGAUUUAAUAAAGUACGACAGGAAAACAAGAUAUUUUCAGGUAACUGACCUGGGAAGGAUUGCUAGUUAUUACUAUGUUACUCACAGGACUAUUUCAACGUAUAAUGAGUGCCUGAAGCCCACAAUAGGCCAUAUUGAGCUGUGUCAACUUCUUUCCCUGAGUGAAGAAUUUAAGUAUGUCAGUGUCAGACAAGAUGAGAAAAUAGAGCUGGCAAAGCUUAUUAAUUGUGUGCCCAUUCCUGUGAAAGACAACCUUGAGGAGCCCAGUGCAAAGAUCAAUGUUCUACUGCAAGUAUAUAUUUCUAGGCUGAAACUUGAGGGUCUCUCCCUUAGUUCAGAUAUGGUCUACAUCAGACAGAAUGCCGGUCGCCUCGCACGAGCACUGUUUGAGAUAGUUUUGAAGAGAGGAUGGGCCCAACCAGCAGAGAAGGCUUUGAAUCUUUGUAAGAUGAUUGACAAACAGAUGUGGAACAUCCAAAUUCCGCUUCACCAGUUUCCAGGUAUUCCGAAGGAAAUCCUAAUGAAUCUGGAGAAAAAAGCGUUGUCUUGGGAGAGGUACUAUGACCUAUCAUCACAGGAAAUUGGUGAACUAAUUCGCUACCCGAAGUUGGGGAGGCAGCUACACAAUUGCAUCCACCAGUUACCGAAGUUGACCCUUUCAGCUCAUGUUCAACCUAUUACUCAUACGGUUUUGUGUUUUGAACUGACUAUAAUAGCUGAUUUCCAAUGGGACGAUAAAGUGCAUGGAUAUGUGGAGCCCUUCUGGCUUAUUGUUGAGGACAACGGUGGUGAAAACAUUCUUCACCAUGAGUACUUCAUGCUUAAGAAACAGUAUGUGGAUGAAGAUCAUACACUUAAUUUCACAGUACCAAUAUGUGUGCCACUGCCCCCUCAGUACUUUAUACGUGUUGUAUCUGAUAAGUGGCUUGGUUCUGAGACAAUUCUUCCUGUCAGUUUUAAACACUUAACUCUUCCAGAAAAAUAUGCUCCACCAACUGAAUUGCUUGAUCUGCAGCCACUACCUGUUACUGCGCUGAGAAAUGCACGAUAUGAAAGCCUUUACAGUACUUUUAAGCAUUUCAACCCCAUCCAGACUCAAGUGUUCACUGCCUUGUACAACGGUGAUGACAGUGUGUUGGUUGCUGCGCCAUCAGGCAGUGGAAAGACCAUAUGUGCGGAGUUUGCUAUACUCAGGAACCAUCAGGAGGCAUCUGGUGAGAGCAAUAUGCGUGUUGUGUAUGUAGCUCCUAUUGAAGCUAUUGCAAAACAAAGAUACAAGGAUUGGGAGAGCAAAUUUGGAGAAUUGGCCCGGGUAGUUGAGCUAACAGGCGAAACAGAAGCUGAUUUGAAGCUUCUUGAUAAAGGGGAGAUCAUAAUCAGCACUACUGAGAAGUGGGAUGCACUCUCACGCCGAUGGAAACAGCGAAAGCAAGUGCAACAGGUCAGUUUAUUUAUCGUUGAUGAGGUUCAUCUGAUUGGAUCUAAAAAUGGACACAUUCUGGAAAUCAUCAUCUCUAGGAUGAGGCGUAUUGCAAAUCAUAUUGGCAGUAACAUUCGGGUUGUAGCUCUUUCAGCAUCCCUUGCAAAUGCUAAAGAUCUUGGAGAAUGGAUUGGCACUACCUCUCAUAGUCUUUUCAACUUCUCUCCAGCAGUCCGACCAGUGCCAUUAGAAAUUCACAUUCAGGGUUGUGAUGUAGCAAAUUUUGAGGCAAGGAUGCAGGCAAUGUCAAAGCCAACAUACACUACUAUUACUCAACACGCAAAGCAUGGUAAGCCUGCCUUGGUGUUUGUACCGACACAUAAGCAUGCAAGGUUGACCGCAUUGGAUUUGUGUGCAUACUCAAGUGCUGAGAGAUGUGGAACCCCUUUUCUUCUUGGGUCAGAAGAAGAGAUGGAUACUUUCACUAGUAGCGUCAAUGACGAAACACUUAAAUGCACACUGAAAUGUGGUGUAGGCUACUUGCAUGAGGGUCUGAGCGAUCUUGAUCAAGAACUUGUAACUCAGCUCUUUCUUGGUGGGAGAAUCCAAGUGUGUGUCACGAGCAGCACAAUGUGCUGGGGAAGAUCGCUACCCUCUCAUUUGGUUGUUGUGAUGGGAACCCAGUAUUAUGAUGGCAGGGGGAAGGGUAACACUGAUUAUCCAAUCACUGAUCUGUUGCAAAUGAUGGGCUAUGCCAACAGGCCUCUUGAAGAUAACUAUGGGAUAUGUGUUAUAUUGUGUUAUGCACCUCGCAAGGAAUACUACAGGAAGUUCCUUUUUGAGGCCUUCCCUGUUGAGAGCAAUCUUCACCAUUUCUUGCAUGAUCAUAUGAAUGCUGAGGUGGUUGCUGGUCUUAUAGAAAACAAGCAAGAUGCUGUGGAUUAUCUUACCUGGACUUUCAUGUACCGACGGCUUACAAAGAACCCCAACUACUACAAUCUGCAGGGCGUGAGCCAGAGGCACAUAUCGGAAAAUCUCUCCGAGCUGGCCGAGACGAUGCUGAAUGAUCUGGAAUCAACCAAUUGUUUGGCUAUAGAGGAUAAUAUGUACCUGAAGACCCUCAACCUUGGUCUCAUUGCCUCGUAUUACUACGUCAGUUACACGACUAUUGAGCGAUUCAGUUCUAUGCUUACCCAGAAGACAAAGAUGAAAGGCCUCCUGGAGAUUCUAGCUUCUGCCUCGGAAUAUGCAGGGUUUCCCAGCUGCUAUGGUGAGAAAGAAUCCAUUGAGUGGCUUGUUAGUCACCAGAGAUUUUCGAUCGAGAAGGCACAGUAUGACGAUCCACAUGUCAGGGCCAACAAGCUGCUGGAAUGCCAUUUUUCAAGGCGGACAGUGGAAGGUGGCCUUGCAGCUGACCAGCGGGAGAUUCUCCUCACCGCUCCUAGACUGCUCCGGGCAAUGGUUGAUGUCGUCUCCAGCAACGGAUGGCUUACCACCGCUCUUGAUGCAAUGGAGCUGAGCCAAAUGGUGAUACAGGGCAUGUGGGACCGUGACUCCGUGCUGCUUCAGCUUCCACACUUCACCAAGGAGUUGGUCCGGAGAUGCCAGGAGAACGAAGGCAAGGCCAUCGAGAGCAUCUUCGAUCUCGCUGAGAUGAGCAUGCCUGAGAUGCAGGAUCUGCUGCAGCUACCAAACUCCCAGCUGCAGGACAUCAUCGAAUUCGUCAAGAAUUUCCCCAACAUCGACAUGGCUUUCGAAGUGCAUGAGGCUGAUGACAUAAGGGCCGGUGACAAUGUGACCGUGCAGGUGACGCUAGAGCGUGAGAGGACAAACCUGCAACCUGGGGCUGGCGUUGGUCCAGUCCAUGCCCCCCGGUUCCCAAAGCCCAAGGCAGAAGGAUGGUGGCUGGUGAUCGGUGACAGCUCCACCGACCAGUUGCUGGCCAUCAAGAGGGUUGCGCUCCAGAAGAAGAGGGCUCGGGUGAAGCUCCAGUUCACUGCCCCUGCCGAAGCAGGGAGAAAGGAUUACAGGGUCUACUUGAUGUCUGAUUCCUAUCUGGGCUGCGAUCAGGAGUACGAGCUCAACAUCGAUGUCAAGGAUGCUGGAGGGAAUUGAUCACCAACGCGGAGAUAGCUUGCCCAGGUUUUCCACGGCACUUGCCUCUUUUUGUGGAAACUGGAUUCUUGGUUACAUAGCGCGACCUAAAUAUCUCCAUUGGCUUUCCGUUUUCCUUGUGUAUAUAGUAUAUUCUCGUCAAUCUUUAGCUUCUUUUUUUCAGUGUAAAUGAACAAUUCAAGCGAAAUAUUCCAAACAAGUUGCUCUUUGCCUGACCGCUUAAUGCUAAUCUUGUUUAAGUUGGCAUAAAACGGCGGAGAUAAACAACGAGUUCGUUUGAAUAUGUGUAGCGUUGUGAUGAUGCGAUCACACAAAAUCUUUAGGUUCACCGGCAUGAUGACUAGCUUGUCUCAACAGAGAUUUUUCAACACCAAAGCAAAUCAUAGAGGCUGACGUUCGCAUGUAUCCGAACUCAAGGG